AUGAGUGAACGGGAUGCAGCGCUGGAGAUGCCCCGGAAACGACGAAGGCUCGACUCCAUGGCUUCAGACCCGCCGCAGCUCACCUGGCCGCCUGCCCAAGUCCCUGUCGAAAUCUUUGACGAAAUCACCACCUACCUGUCUCGGACCGACGUCAAAAGCCUGCGACUGGUCAACCACGAGUUCGACCGCAUGGUCUCGGCCAAGUACUUUCGCAAUGUCGUCGUCCCGUUCCGGUCAGAGAUGUACAAGGCCCGGAGGAAGGUGGCAUGCGAGGAGGAUGAGGAAACGACCCAACCAUGCACCGACACCCUGUUUGCCAGCGGAAUGCGCAUCUUCCAGUCCUUUGGCAACCACAUCUUGCGGUUCGCCCUGUCGCUGGAGCUGGACGAAGAGAGUCUGGCAUAUCCCCCCAUCAAGCCCACGCAAAAGGCCGUCACCUCUUACUGGGGAAUCUACCGGUGGCCCCACGAAUCGUACCAUCGAUACACGGAACUCGAAGGACUCGAGCAGACCGCCGACGAGACCGCAUCGAUGAAGGAGGCGCUGAAGUGUCUGAAACACGUCCAGGAGCUGGGCCUCUGCUGCGACGCCGGGCUGGGCUACCUCUUGGGGCCGGACCAGCAGCUCGAAAGCCCGCCGCUGCCGCAUCCAGUUUUCGACUUGCGCAAUCUGCGGUAUAGGCUGCUGCAGCGGCGCUUGGCGCGAGCCGAGUCGGCCAACAUGAAUGCCCGCAAGCUUGCCUUUGAAAGUCCCCGCGACUUCAAGUACACAGUGCUGGAGUCGAUGGUCAAGGAUGCCGGCUACUCGCAGGAGCAGGUCAAGGAGGCCAUCAACAUGCUUCUCAACACGGAGAACGUCUCGCUGAUGAACAUUGACUUUGACGAGCGCACCGCCUCCGUGCCUGACCUGGCCAUCAACGUCUUUGCCCAGCAACAGCAUCCCAACGUCAACGCAAACCCCGUUGACGGAGACGCAGAAGAUGCUGCGAUCCAGCGCGCGGUGGCAUCGGCGCUGGCUGAUACAACCACCGGCCACCCUCUGCAGCCCAAGAAUCUGACACGGGCCCAGAAAGAGAUGCUUCUGGAGCUCGAGUGGGCUCACCGGGCACUCAUCCAGUCCUACGUCAUUGCCCUCAGCGACAACGCCCGCACAAACGACUUUAGCUCACUGACGACCCUGACGAUCGCCAAGAUACCCAGCAGCCACCUAUUCAUGUUCCAGCGGCAGGACUUUUGGCAGAGCUUGCCGAACCUCACAAACGUCGCCCUCGCAGUCGUGGCAGACUGGCGCCAGGUCGCCAAAGUCGCACCCGGCUGUGUCGAGGACACCUUCGUCUCGCCCGUGGAUGCCGUCGGCAGAGCCUACCGCGUGCUGCGGGACUACAUUGGCAAACAGAAGAAUAUCUCUUACCUACACUUUGAAUGGAUCUGCGGCGGCGAAUUCGCACCGGGCAUCACGCAGCGCAACCACUACGUCCUGCCCGCACCCUUCUGCAUGCCCGCGCAUAUGCCGGCGCUCGAAGCCGCCAAGUCGCCAGACCUCUUGCUUUCCCUGCCGCACAUUAAGCAUCUCUCCUUGAAGAACUGUUACAGCGUGCCACACGUAUUCUUGCAGGUGAUCCGGUCCAUGGCCCUCCAGUCUCUGGAGAAGCUGGAGCUGGAGACCGUCUCCCUGGCUGGGCCACCUGUCCGGCGGCAGGGCCAUGCAGCCUUUUUCCACGGGCACCUGGCCGCUCCCGCUGCUGCCGCACAGCAAGGCCAGCAACAGCAGGUCUGGCAGUUGCAGCCCGUCCAGGCCAACGGGCAGGCUCUCCAGCCGCCACCGUUGCCACCCGCACCCAACCAACCAGGAGCAGCUCCAGCCCAGCUGAUCAAUAUCCCGCUCGGAAUCCUGGCCCAGGGCCCGGCGCAAAUAGCUCAAGCGCUCAACAUCGGUGCCCAGAAUGCCCAGGCACCGGCGCUGGCACAGGCACCGGACCCUGUCACCCCCGAGUGGGACACCAUGCGGCUGCGGGUGCCAGACCUGCUCACUUGGACGGGCGUCAUCGAACGGCUCGCACCAGUGCCUGGCAUUGCAGAAUUGACGGCUACGCAGGACAAUGACGAUGAAACCGAGGGGCUGGACGAUGCUGCAACGGACGAGGGCUACAAACUCAUUCCCAGGGCAAAUCUCCUGCGCAAGGAGAAGAAGAGCUUUUGUCUCGAGAGUAUGUCAUUCAAGUCGUGUGGGUACGUGGCGCUGGAUGUGCCCUUCAUCGACAACACCAACACGCUGCCGCUGCGCCCCCCGUGGCAGGAGCCGCAAGAGAUCACGACGCGGCGAAGGGAGCUGGCGCCGUUCAUGCAGCACUGCAACGACCGGCUGGCGGCCAAGAUCACCAAUUUCUUGCCGCCGCAGGAGCGUUUCAAUCUGGCGACCGCGUACGGGAUGGACCUGACCUGGGCAUCCUGGUAUGACGAAGAGGUCAUCGAGGCAGCGAAGAGGGACGGUGUCAUGGUUCCCGGCAAGGGCCGCUUUAGCGGCACGAUUACCACGACGGCCAACUAG